GCCGUCGUCAUUCGAGUACCGACACGCAACGUGUGUAGAGGUAGACAAGCGUACCGUACGGUACUUUUUUUCUCGCUCACUUUGCAGCCGUCUAGUGAACUCGAUUUUGUGAUUUUCUUCAACGUGCAAAUAGGCGUACAUAUUAAUCCCCGUCUGUGCCACUUGUGGUGUUAAUUUCUUGUCGAAAGUAUCGUCGAACGUGAGUUCGAUUCACAGUGAUCCCGUGUGAAGUGGAGUUUCCAGCGGAAGUAUGAUUUCCCAGUGAUAAAAAUGUGUUUUCGUGAACGUCCAUCAUCGUCGUUUCUUGUUGGCAUGCGAAAGAGAAGAGCUGGCUGCUGGCAGGCGAUGAAGUAAUUCGUAGGAAUUUUGAAUAUGUGUGGGUAAUUGAGGCCGUGCCAGGUGCGUGUUAGUGGUAGUGUGCUCUCGAUUUGCCUUUGGAUGUAAUUUUGGCACAUUUCGAACAGUGUGGAGUAGCAACAACAAUUAGCGCAAUAAGAAAAAAGGGAAGUCCAUUAUUCUGAUCUUUUUGUGUGUGUGUAAAAUAGAUAACAGAACGAAGUUUGAAAAUUGCACAAAACUGAUAGAUAAAAAAUACUACGAGAGUUAGACAAGACAACGGUAGAAAAGAAAAAGAGAAAACACAUAGGCCAGUCCGUGCGCGAGAGCGAACAGCAAGACCACCUCUAUUGAGCAAGGUUAUCGUCAUCUAAUUUUCAUGAAUGAAUGUUGUGAACGUUGUAAACGAUCGUAGCAGUCGUUCAGUGCAAAAACAUCCAACCUGCCAACUGACGGCCAGCAACAAUAAACGCCUACUGCGGCGGUAGUGUGAGGGAGACGCAGCGCGAGAAAAUAACCUGCCAGCAUAGGAAGUGAAGUUAAAAUAUAUACAUUUUGUAUACGUCUUAUCUGCGCAUUUGAUAAGGCUAACCAAAACAACAAGGGGCGGUGUUUGUUAUUUUCCAUCAAUAACAGCAGCACCGAUGAGGAACGAAUUUCAACACUAGCUGGCGUUCGCUUUGAUCUGGAAUCACAGUUUCGCUUCAAGACAGAACCAAAUUCUUCGGAAACUGCCACCUGGAACGGAGUUCUGGCCCUGGAAAGGACAGCAGUUUGGAGUGAUCAACAAAUGGCACACUAGAGAAAACAUAGUUUUGACUGUAUAGUUUCAUCAUCGUUUGAAAAAAGGUGCUUGUAACGAUCGUAAGAGGAAGUGUUUAAAGCAGGGUUGUGCAAAUAGAGCUUCCCUCUCUCACUACCCCCCUCCCCACCCACCUUCCAUUGCAGUGUACGUGUGUGAUAACAAUCGCCGAUGGGGGCUAGGCAUAGUCGCCGACAGCAGCAGCAGCAAAGAAACCAAGUGCAAACCGCGCAAAGUCAAACGCAACAUCAUCCGUCGUCGUCGUCUUCGUCAUCAUCAGCAUCUGGGUCAUCACUGUCAGUUGUUAGUUGGCCGAGCAGCAUAGCCGAUGUAGAUGAGCCGGACGACGAGGAGCAAAAAUCCUCCAAUAGUAGUUUGGUUAUAACGAUCUGUAUGUUAAAGAUGGAACCGAGUCAGGAAGCAGCGACCGUAGCGAGUGUUGAAGAUGCACCAUCAUCGAUAGCAGUGGCAUCGCCCUCCGAGCAGUGUAAUGCUGAUGGUGGCACAAUGGAGUCACAACCGCCAGCGAAUACCGUGCCACCCGCUACGGAACAAGCCAAGUGUGGCUGUUAUGAAAACAACGAUUGUUCGAUCAAUUUAGCACCUGCUACAGAAGCAAUCGUUAGCAGUUCCAGCGCAAGUUCCUUGUUGUCAUCAGAAGCAGUGUACAACAUAAGCAGCAGUUCGGACGGUGGUAAUAACAAUAACAAUCAACCAGAAACGUCCGCUUUCAAAUGUGGCUGUAACUGUAAUAACGACCGCAACGAUAGUGUCAACAACAAUAACAGACCGAUUGCAAUUAAUUCCCUUCCUACGCCGAUAGCAGCAGCAGCGGGAGGAACAACAACAACAACGACAACAUCGACAGCAGUUUUCACAAACGCCGAAGAAGCGUCGCGUAAUGAUCGCGCAAACAACAAUGAGACGGCGUUGAUUGGUGACAUUCUCAGCGGACAUCAUCAUCUGCUGCAUCAUCACCACCAUCAUCACCAUCACCAUCACCAUCAUCAUGUACCGACCUGGCCAUGUACGACGUCUUCCCUGCUGGCGGUGGCUACCAAUGCUCCCGCUGUUAUGACAACUUCUUCCGCUGCUCCUGCGAGUAAUAAUGCCAGCGUAUUGAAUCGUACUAUGCAGCACCAUCAGCAGCAGCUGCGUCAACAACAACUGCUCCUUUCGACGCCGCCUACGACAACGUUGGCGGCAGUCUCCUCCCAGGGUCCAGUGAGCCCCAGUCUGAUGGUUACGGCCAGUUCCGUUUGUGAAAUGAGUGAUAAGUUAAGUGAUUUGAAGCUACCCGUGAAUGACAGCACCAGUGCCAGUGCCAGUGAUGUGCGAAAUAACAGCAACGCUAGUGAUGAGCAUCCCUUCAGCGUCGGCGAGUGUCCUCGGUGUGCUGUCGCAUCGAAGCACGGUUCCAGCGGCGGGGUACAGGAGGAGAAGAUACUGAACACCACACCGGGCAGCGAGAAAGUAUCAACAACGACCAGCUCACCGACAGUGGAAGCCUCCGGCUGUUGCCGACCAGUGACGACCGUCCCGGCAGUGCCAUCACCAUCCACAUCCGGUAUCACAGCAACGCUGCUCAGCUCGUUCACGUCGUCCUCGGGUAAAAAGUCGCGUCACUGCAAAUGCUGCCGCACUGCCAUCUGUCUCAACCAAUCGAACGGCGCUGGUGGAAAAGCGAUCUCCUCCGGAACGGGCGCUAGUUCCAGCACCAAAGCAACCGGUGCGAAAGCGAAGAAGGGUAACUGGGGCCUGAAGUUCAACUGUGCCAAACUGCGGGGAACCAAGGCCAGUCAGAAUGCGGCAGCCUCGUCUCCGUCUACGGCGGAAGUGGUGUACGAUUGCGUUCCUACUCAUUCCGCGGGCAAUGCAGCCGCUGGUCAACCUUCCAAUGCUUCUAUUCCUCAAACAACAGCUUCAUUGAUUGGCGGCUCCAGUCGGCUUCGAAGUGAAUCAGAAAAGGUGGAUUCAUGCGUUUGUACCGCAUAUCGCAAGGUGGAGGAACUUCCCUCGACUAUCUCUUCCAACAACGGUUACCCGCUGCAAUCGAGUUCGCUGUUGCUUCCCCAUCACCACUUGCAUCACCAUCAUCACCACUUGGAUGGAGCAGCCGCGUCUACAUCCGCCAGCGGUCGUACGAUUCCCGUUGGCCAACCAAACCACGCAUUCCUAUUUCCGUCAGCGGCUACCGGUGCGGCGGUGACAGCAACAUCUGCAGGACAGCACGAGCUGCACGCGCAUCAUCACCCAGCCGCGACCACGACCACCAUCAUCCACCGGAUAGAUCGAAAUGCUGCACAGGCACUACUUAGUGCCGGUGGCCAUCCGGCGGGUAACUCUCUGAUCGUGGUUGCCACACCCGGUAUGAUUGACAUCUCUCGACUCAACAGCGCCGAUGACUUCUCGUUGGAAGAUUGUGACGAAUUGGCGCGUAUCCAGCGGGAGCUGGAAAUCCGGGAGGGUGUGGAUGCACCACCCAAUCUAGCACGAGUGGCAGUGUCGAGUGCUGCUGCUUCGAACGCCAGUGGCAGUCAUCAGAUUACCUUUGUAUGCGCGCCGGACUCAGCGUUCAGUCUACUGCAGCGAGGUCUCCUGCUGCCCAACAAUUUACUGCAAGCCGAGGACAUGCUACGAGUUCACUCCCAGGUCGACUUCAUUCACUGCCUGGUGCCGGAUCUGCAGAAAAUUACCAGUUGCUGCUUCUACUGGGGCAAAAUGGACCGAUACGAGGCGGAGAAGUUGCUCGAGGGUAAACCGGAGGGAACUUUCCUGCUGCGCGAUUCCGCACAGGAAGAUUUUCUAUUUUCCGUUUCCUUCCGGAAGUACUGUCGCUCACUGCAUGCCCGUAUCGAGCAGUUCAACCACAAGUUCAGCUUUGACUCGCGGGAUCCAGGAGUUUACACCGCAUCCACUGUGACCGGCCUGCUGGAGCACUACAAGGACCCGUCCUGUGUGAUGUUUUUCGAACCGAUGCUAACCUAUCCGUUGAAGCGUAACUUUUGCUUCUCACUGCAGCAGCUGUGCAGGGCGACGAUCGUCAGCAACACAACCUACGACGGCAUUAACGAACUUCCUCUGCCGAAGUCCUUAAAAUCCUACCUAAAGGAGUAUCACUACCGUCAACGGGUGCGCUACAAGGUCAUGGAGGACCCGCUGUACUCGGACGUUCCGCACACGUACUCCGGUUCCGCUUGGUAGUAGCAGCAGCGGUUUCGGCGCGCUCUAACGGACGAUGAAGUCGACGAGCUCGAAGAGGACGAGGAGAUAUACGGGGGGAAUCAGACUGCCCGAUGGCACGGGCGGAGGCAACGGAACGGAGCUACCAACUACUUGACUGCACUGCUAGAGAUGGGUGGUGCCAGUGGUUGGCCCGAUCUGAUUGCAGCCGCCAUUGCCCGGGAAGAGCGCGAGGAUGAGGAAACGCUGCGCCGCAUUCGGGCCGAACGAAACCGCCUGAGAAAUCUGUUUUGCUGCUUUAGCAGUACCAGUAGCCGUUGAGGCUUUGUCCUACUGUCAUUGUAUAGCGUACUUUUCCGGCCUCGGUUCGACGGCUAAUUAUUUAUCAUACAAUUUGUUAACGUUCUAAGUUAUUGUUCGUCAUACGUACGAGCGGAGCUGCAACACUGACGGCCGCUGCCGAAUCCAUUUCAAUUCAUUUCAUUCAGCAAACAAUCAAUCGAACGACAACAACGACAGUGUUUGUCGGUGAGGAAUGAAUUUUCUGUGAUAAGCUUUGGUUCCUUGUUUUCGUCACUCUCGCUGUGAAUCGAGCUUGUAGAAAAAUAAGCUUCGAACUCUGUGUAGCAAACUGGUGGAAAGACCACGCGAAGGGUUCGAAUCGUUGCAGUUCUGCAUUCUGUUUAGGUUGUAGAAAGAAAUACAAAACAAACAAAAAACGAAGUGCUAGGUGAAAUCGCAACACCUUAUGUUGUAGUUCUCAGUUCUAGCGAAAUGGCAAAGACCAGUUUACUGUACAUACAGACACAUUAGUUUAAUGAACGUAUAUUGUAGUAGUCUAAUAUUAGUAUGGUUACUGAAUUAUGAAAUGUAGCGCAGGAGUAAAGCCACGAAUGUCUUUGGUAAUGAAGCUAUAAACCAGCGAAUCUUAUGCUUGAAGGAAAGAGUUUCGAUUUUGUUGCGUCUGUUUUUUUUUUUUUGUUGAUUACUUUUAAUUAUGUACAAAAGCGGAAGAAAAACAAGCUUGUGGGAAACUUAAGCGAAGUAUACUACUACCUUACUAUGUAGGCUAAUCUAGGUUUGAUAAGACAACAAUUUGCCCCCAGAAGUAAACCUCACAGUUACAAUCCACAAUCUCUCCAGUUGCCACACAUACCCACACUAAAGAUAUACGCCCAAUAAAACAAGUGUUAUGCGUGUACAUAACCAGUUGAGGGUUAUCCCGUUAUAAGUACGGGAAUCCCAGUAUUGAAAGCCCCGCAACAAAACGGUAAACUGUUAAAACAAACUCAUAUCCACAAGCAGCAACUAUGAUAUGUAAGCUGAGGAUGCAAAUACUGAUCCGGUAGUUACGUUCCCAGUGCAGACUAAACAAUAACCGAUAGUGCGUAGUGAAGUCAAAAUAAACGCAAGUAAUUGUACAGUAUCAAUAUAGUAA